AUGACCACGGCCUCGACAGCUGCAGCUCCUCAGAAAUCUGAUGUUCUUGAUAACCCUACGUCGACUACAAAAGAUACUGGAGGCCCUACAUCGCAAUGGACCUUAUUACCCUCCGAAUGGGACAUUCUCUUGUUCUCUACUGCCCUCAAAAUCCUUCUCUUUCCCGCAUAUCGCUCAACAGACUUCGAGGUGCAUAGAAAUUGGCUCGCCAUAACGCAUUCUCUUCCGUUGUCGAAAUGGUAUUUCGAUACAACCUCUCAAUGGACACUUGAUUAUCCGCCAUUCUUCGCGUACUUCGAGAAAUUACUCUCUAUACCUGCCUACUUCAUCGACCCCAAGAUAGUCGACCUAAACAACUCGAACUAUGACGCAUGGUCCGUGAUAGCAUACCAACGCUCGACAGUCAUAUUGACUGAACUCGUCCUCGGGGCGGCUCUGAUCAAGUUCGUUCGGGGAGCCGCCGACCCAGCGAUGCAGCGCUGUAUCUCAGCAUCCAUGUUUUUGCAUCCCGGGUUCCUUAUUGUUGAUCAUAUACAUUUUCAGUACAAUGGGUUCAUGUUCGGCAUUAUGUUAUGGUCUAUUCUGAUGGCUCGCAAUGGUCACAAGUUAGCCAGUGGAAUUCUAUUUGCUACGUUGCUCAAUUUGAAACAUCUGUACAUGUACCUGGCACCAGCUUAUUUCAUCUAUCUUCUUAGAUCGUUCUGCCUGUCCCCUUCUGGGAAAUUACAGAUCAAGAACUUCCUCGCACUCGCAAAUGCCGUUAUCGCAGUUUUUAUCGCAUCGUUUGGGCCAUUUAUCGCUAUGGGGCAAAUCCCUCAGCUACUAUCCCGUCUGUUCCCUUUCACUCGAGGUCUGAACCACGCCUACUGGGCACCCAAUGCCUGGGCGCUCGUCACUACCAUGGAUAGGAUUCUCCUGCGGUUUGUUCAAAAAAUGGCCCUUGACGUUCCAAUAAAUUCAGAUGGUGUCGCAUCAUCCUCUCGUGGUCUCGUUGGAGACACGAUUUUCGCGGUUAUACCGAAUGUGAAACCCAUUCACACAUUUACAAUCACGAUCGGCCUUCAAUCGGCCAUUCUUGUUAAACUAUGGUCGAGGCCGACGUAUAAAUCCUUCUUGACAGCCUUGACACUCUGUGGUUAUACAUCCUUCUUAUUUGGAUGGCAUGUCCAUGAAAAAGCGAUAUUGAUGGUUCUCGUUCCCCUUAGUUUAUUGGCUGCAGAAAGGCAGGCAUAUUUCCGUACAUUCGUAAUCGCCUCGGUGGCAGGCGUUUUUUCGUUAUUCCCAUUACUGUUCACCCCAGCCGAAUCGAUUAUUGAAGUUGUAUAUUCAAUUGGUUGGCUCAUUUUUACCUACCUUCCCAUCUCAAAGCGCGUUUACGAAUUCCCGCAGUCCUUCUUUUAUGUUCUCCUGGAUAUUGUAGAGAGGAUAUAUCUGUUUGGAUUUAUAUUUCUACAGCUCUUUGUCACGUUGUUCCCGCUCGUCGCCUCCAGGUGGAAAGGCGGCAACACCGAUCCGACCGCUAGUAUGGAAUUCUUACCUCUCAUGGUGACGAGUGUGUACUGCGCCAUAGGUCUUGUGUGGGCCUACAUCAGACUCAUCUUCGUCUAUAUCCACGACGAGACAACAUACCAAGGGCAGCUCAGUGUAAUACAGUAG